AUGCUCCUGACCUUACCUCCAGAACUUUUUUUCUUCAUCUACAUCGAGCUUGAUAUCACUGACACUUUAUCUUUUCGUCAGGCAAGUGGUGGUCCACCGAACCGGCAUGGCUGCACCAAAGCUUUGUGGAUUCGAUUAUUUGAGCGUUUAUUCCACGACAGCCUUAUACCGCCUUCGCUUAUAAACUACACCUCUUUUGAUGCCGCAACGCUUGAGACACUCGCUCACAGGAUUUCGACCCUAUCUCGUCGCGAAAACUUGCCUCCAACUGUUUCACAUGCUUGGCGAACACAACUGCCUCGGGGAAUUCAAUGGGUUGGGCUUGCUGCUUCGAGGUGGCUUAUUGCUGCUUCAUCCGACCGCCAAGUUAGCACGCUACAAUGCUGGGAUUUGACUCGCGCGUUCAAUGGGGACGAUUCUCCUGUCGCUCAAAUAUACCUCCCUGCUCAAGUGAAGACCGCCAAGUUAGAGGUACAGCAGUCGGGAAUCAUCCUAGCUCUUGGCUUGAUGAAUCCGUCCACAGCUUUAUACGUUGUUUCCCUGAAAAGAAAAUCUGACUGCGUUGUCUUUGUCCACGAAUAUAGUCUCAUCGGUUCAUCACAUGUUCUUAUGCUUCACGAUGCUUUUGUUGGGUGUGCAAUUCGUGAAGCAUUGAAUGAGCCACAUAUCGUCAACUGGAAAACUGGAGCCCUCCUCGAUAUCCAACCUCCGCCUGGUGGUCUCGACAUUCCUAGUCGUCGUAGUGUACCCCACCUGAUGACAAUGUGGACCGAGGAUACUCUUGUUAUCGUUCGUUUCGACGCACUCGAAUUUUAUCGCCGUGAGGGCGAUAGGUUAUUGUUCCUUCGCCUCUCGAAAUUUCAAAAUGAAGAGGAUCGCAUCCAGGAAGUCACUGUUUGCCAGCAUUGCGACCUCGCGUACUUGCAGUUGGCUAUUGUCGCUCACUGUAACAUUCGACUCUUGACUGUUGGCUGGGAUAAUCAAGAAAUAAUAAUCAACGCCGUCAGCAUCACAGAUUUCUCUCCAUACGAACUGGGCUUCCCAAUCAUUCGUCUUGGAACGAGCCAGUCUAGCACCCGCAUCGUCUGGGUCUCUGGGCAUGGCUGGAUUAAAUCUGGAAUUAAGCCAUCAUUGGCGAUUUUUUCGCUCACUAAGCACUCAACAUCAGCUCUGAUGUGGAAGGACGAAAAUGUCCAUGCCCCAGCGUUAUGGGCUUUCUCUAUCGUCGAUUAUGACGAUAUACUGGGCUUAACUGUUGUUGGAAACCACUUUGGGGAGUUGGCUGUGUAUGACCAUGUGGGCGGCUACGCAAAGCUUGUUGGCAGUUCUUUCGGGGCGGCUCCUGUUCUUGAAGCGAACCGCACUGUCAUUUCUGAGGCACUGGAUGAGUGUGUGAUAUCGGGCUCACCUUUCCAUCUCGACAUUCCUUUCCCUGUUACUCGAGCAAUGUCCCACGCAGAGCUCGUGUCUUCUCGUGCGGGUCGCUGGGCACAGGACAACCUCGACUUAGAUCCACAGGUGUGGAUACGCACUAAUUUCACCACCGAUACAAUUGUCACUAAGAAGGAUCGAUUCAUCGACUAUGACACGUGGGAAGGCCAGCCUGGCGAUCAAGGGUGGUUGCUCUCGCACAUGUAUGGGCUUCCUGGCGAAAUAAUACCCCAGGCUUUUGCCAGUUUUCACCCUGAAUCCAUUGACACCACGCAUGUCUACUGGCGGAAUAUCAUGCUUUUUCGCCUUUCGCCAAAUGGAACGAACAUCCCUUCGUCCCAGGGCUUUUCCUCGUCGCGGUUAGAGGGACGAUUGUCGAUGGGGAAGGAACGUGACCGUGGUGUGACAUAUGACCGCAGCGACUUCGUUGACGCGCCCAUGUCGGAUUCCUUGCGACGGACCCACUCGGCUCCCGCCCCCUCUGCUAUCCGACCCCCUCCCCCAGCCGCUCUCCCGUCAUCAUUGAGACAUUCGGAAAGUCACCCUCCCCCCUCGACUUCGGCCCAUUCCCCUCAGUUGGUACCACCAACUUUACCUUCUACUCCCACUACCGCCACCGCCCCGCCGACUACCAAUCCCUCGGUUCACACGCGCAUUAUCACCUUCUUUGGCUAUGGCCGCGGGGCCUCCCGCUCGCGAAAGCAGCUUGUCUCGCUGUGGUAUAACCUAACCUGGGGUUUUGUGCAGAUCGUACUCAUUAUCACGAUGCUCUCCAUCGGUGCCACAACCGAGAGCAAGACGAUUCCCGGCCGAAGCGAGUUUCUCGCCUGUCGCUCGCUCUCUGCGUGGGACUGCACCUACAUCCUGCGUGUCUGUUUGUCAUCGUCGAUGACAUACUGGGGCUGGCGAAGGGACCGACAAGCACACACUCGUGCUAACGACCCCGAGCGCCCGAACACGCGCCAUCCCAAUGAACCCGCUCCAAUGCCCCCCAGUCCUGGUGAGAUCGCCGCCAUUCAAGCCGCUCUACCCCACACCGUGCUCUACUCUCGGUUAUCGAUCCUGUCUUCGCUCUUUACUCUCAGCUGGUUUCUCACCGCACACAUAUUGGCCUACAGCUCGGUCCACACUUGCCGCAACUCAUCACCCCACAUCUGGUGGCUCACAUUCGGAAUUCUCUGCAUCAUGUAUUUGGUGGUACUCGAGGUCAUUAUACUAGGAUUUGUGGUCUUUGUCGUUGCGCCCAUCGUAUUCCUGUUCUGGAAUGUUGUGCUUAUCUGUCUUGGCCGCCACCCAAUGCAGAAUCCCGGUUUGAUACGGCCCGAUGUAGGGAAGCUCAGCCAGUCCGUUGUGGACAAAAUUCCGUUGGUGAUGUACAUUCCUGCCCCACCGGACGCCGCCCCAGGCAGUCUCCCUCUCCCUCAAGCCGUAUAUUCGUAUCCUCCCAAGGCCCCAACUGCUCAAGCGCCACCUCGAAAGCACCGCUUCAAGUUUCUGCGAAAGUCAACAAAGGCAGCCGACCCUACUGCUACUGCCUCUGACAAGCCAGAAGAAACCGAGCAGGACGCCCCUGAAGCGUGGGAAGACAACUGGGAGCGGACGACCGGGUAUCCGUUUGUGAUGCUGGAGAAUAACCGCGCGUCGUGUGCGAUCUGUCUGAUGGACUUUGAGGAGCCCAAGAAGAAAGGAGAGAGCGAGGCGGCACCAGCACCGGAGUCAUCGGGUAUUCAAGAAGUCCCCGUCGAGCCGAGCGGGCCGGAGGAGUCUGAUGGCACGCUGAGACUGCAAGACGCUGGUGAGGGUGCCCAGCCUCUGCGAUUGCUUGCGUGUGGCCAUGUGUUCCAUGCGCCGUGUCUUGACCCAUGGCUUACGGAUGUGUCGGGCCGGUGUCCCGUCUGCCAGCGACCAGUGGAGAUCCCAAACGAGCCGGGUAAGAAGAAGGGGGCGAGGAGGAGACGCAAUGCCUAG